AUGGAGGGGUUCUUUGUGCUUCUCUGCAACCACUGGCAGGGGCUUCUGCUCACAGCCUCCCUUUUCUCCUUCUGGCAUCUCCCCACUACUGCUCAGCCCACUAUUGAAUCAGUGCCACCCAUUGUUGCUGAAGGGGAAAAUGUUCGUCUAUUUAUUCACAAUCUUCCAGAGAAUUUUCAAGGUUUUGUUUGGUUCAAAGGAAUAUCUGUGUUCAGGGACCAUGAGGUUGCCCGAUACACAUUAAAGGAGAGAUCAAGUGUGAUGGGGCCUGCAAACACUGGGAGAGAGACAGCAAACAGUGAUGGAUCCUUGGUGCUUCGCAAUGUCACUAAGAAUGACACUGGAUUGUAUGCUUUACGAAUCGAGUGUGCAGAUAUGAAAAGUGAAGAAGCACAUGUGCAACUCCUGGUGAACAGCUCCCUUUCUCCAUGCUGUAACCCUCUCACCUCUUCUCAACUCAUGAUCCAAUCCAUGCCUCUGUAUGUUAAGGAACGGGAAGAUGUUUUUCUCCAAGUUUAUAAUCUUCCAGAAGAUCUGCAAGCCUUUACCUGGUACAGGGCAGUAUAUAGGGUUCCAUAUUAUGAAAUUGUUGAAUGGAGCAAAAUCUUGAAUACUGUCACCUGGGGAGAUCAAUAUACUGGAAGAGAGCUGGUGUAUGACAACGGAUCCCUGCUGCUCCAGAAUGUCGCUGAAGAAGAUGCAGGAAUGUACACACUAGAAAUUUUGAAAAGUGAUUUCAAAAUUGAAAAAGCUUAUGUGCAAUUCCAUGUAAACAAGUAUGUGGCACAGCCCUUCGUGCGAAUCACUAACGGUGUAGUCUCAUCACACAGAUCUGUGAUCUUCACCUGUGUUUCACCUGACACUGCUAUCUCCUUCCGUUGGAUCUUCAAUAACAAACCUCUGAGGCUCUCAAGGAGAAUGACUCUGUCCCCAACAAAAUGUGGACUCAGAAUAUAUCCUGUACGGAUGGAGAAUUUUGGAGAGUAUAGAUGUGAAGUCUUCAACCGAGUUAGUUCAAAGAUCAGUCCCCCUGUCUUGUUUCGGUAA